AUGUCUCAUGAUGUUGGUGAUUCCAAUAUCAUAAUUUUGCCUGGCUACCCACGCGUGCUCAAUGACUGGAGCACAAAUGCGUCAUUCGAGCAAUCUCACCUUUUUGAAAUUAAAAUUACUCAAGGUGGCUUUUAUAACUAA